AUGGAUAUGACAGUAGAUGAUAAGCAAGAAUUAGUAGAUUGUUGGAAAAUUAAUUAUCGUAAUAAUGAAAGUGAACUUCGAAAAAUUGAAGAAUUUAUUGAAACAUAUAAUUCGAAUGAUGCAAUACGAUGGUAUACACGUGACUCUGGUUUAUAUCGAAUUUUAAAUGCAGCACUCCGAAAUGAAAAUUUGGAUGUUAUAAUUGCAUUUCGUUUUCUAAUUAAAGAUAUUUAUAAACAAUUGAGAGAUGAAUAUAAAAAAGAAGAUAUACAUGUUUAUCGAGGUCAAAUGUUAGCGAAAACAGAAUUCGAACAAAUGAAAUCUAAUACUAUUGGACAAUAUAUUUCAAUGAAUACAUUUUUAUCAGCAAGUAAAAGUAAAAAUGUUGCAUUACAAUUUAUUUCAUCAUUUGUUGAUGGUCAUACUAAUAAUUCUGCAUUACAAUCAGUUCUAUUUGACAUUGAAAUUGAUCAUAAUCAUUUUGAAUCAGUUAAACCUUAUGCUUCUAUUUCACAUCUAAGUUUUUUUGGAAAUUCAGAGGAAGAAGUAUUAUUUAUGCUUGGUACAAUCUUUAAAAUAAGAAAUAUACGUCAAGACAAUGGAAUUUGGACUGUACAACUUCAAUUAUGUGAUGAAAACGACCAUAGUUUGAAGGAGAUCUAUUCUUAUAAGAAAAACAACCUUGAUGAACAAACUGAUCUAGCUGAUAUUGCAUGGUUACUACAUGAACUCAAUCAAAAUGAUAAAGCUGAACAUUAUUGUAAUCGUUUAUUGAAUACUUUUUCAGUCAAUGAUAAAUGUUUAUUCAUUAAAUGUUAUCAAACUUUAGGAUCUAUUAAUUCUGAUAAAUGUAAUUAUGAUUUAGCAAUUCACUAUUAUCAAAAACAAAUUGAAGUACAAUUAAAUUUUUAUAAUAAAAAUCAUGUUAGUUUUGCAGCUGUUUAUACAAAUUUAGGUUUAGUAUAUACAGCGAAAGGUAAUCUGGAUUUAGCCAUUAAACAGUAUGAAAAGGCUUUGGAAAUUUUUAUUUUAAAUUAUGGAAAUGAAAAUCAUAAAAAUGUGGCCACAACCUAUAAUAAUUUAGGAUUAGUUUAUGCUAAACAACAAAAUUAUGAACUUGCACUGGCCAACCAUCAAAAAGCACUAAAAAUAAACGAACAAAUUUUACCAAAAGACCAUCCAUCUUUUGCAAUAACAUACUCUGGUAUUGCAGGUAUUUACUUUCGAAACAACGACUAUGAUCGUGCCCUACACUAUUAUGAAAAUUCAUUAACAAUUUUAACUAAAAGUUUAACA